GAUGACGCGAUCCUCUUCGCUCUUCUACGCACGCGCUGGUUUCAUUGUUCCUUAUGUAGCAAUUAGCAGCUCUGUUGGUGAAUACUCUGGUUGUCGCUAGCUUUUGCUUUGGUCAUUCACCUUCUCGCUAUCGUUCCUUUUUGUGUCAGAUUUCCGUUGUUGACGUAUUCGGCGUUGAUUAACCGUGCAAAAUCCACGACAGGGAGAAUCCUUGUGCUUUUUUGAAAAACGUUUUAUAUACAGGCGGUUUCCUCGUUCCCACGCUUAUGGCGGUCACUAUCGAAGAUCUCUAUCGAAACUACGGAAUCCUUGCUGACGCAAAGGAUAAUCCUGGCCAGCAUAAAGAUGCCUAUCAAGUUAUCCUUGAUGGUGUGAAAGGUGGACCGAAGGAAAAGCGCUUGGCAGCGCAGUUCAUCCCUAAAUUCUUCAGCAGCUUUCCGGAAUUGGCAGAUGCAGCUAUUAAUGCACAGCUUGAUCUUUGUGAAGAUGAUGAUGUUUCUAUUCGGCGCCAGGCCAUAAAGGAACUCCCUCGCUUUGCUGCUGUGGAAAAUAUUGUGAGGGUUGCCGAUAUACUCACCCAGCUGCUUCAAACAGACGACACAACAGAGUUCAAUCAAGUGACGGCAUCGCUCAUUUCCAUUUUUAAAAUGGAUGCCAAAGGGACCCUCGGAGGCCUUUUUUCUCAGAUCUUACAGGGAGAGGACGUUGUGCGGGAGCGAGCCAUCAAAUUUUUGUCAACAAAGCUGAAGACCCUCCCUGAGGAUGUAAUGACAAAGGAGGUUGAGGAGUACAUCUUUGCAGAGACAAAGAAGGUGCUCGAGGAUGUGACUGGAGAGGAAUUUGUCCUGCUGAUGCGUGUUGUGUCAGGACUUAAGGUGCUACAGACAGUGAAUGGGCGCCAGCAACUCGUCGAGUUGGUGGUGGAGCAGGCAUUCUUGGAACAGGGCCUCAACCCCUCUGAUCCAGACACAGUGGACCGUCUGUUGCAGUGCACCCGCCAGGCUGUGCCUCUUUUUUCUAAAAAUGUUCAUUCUACGCGGUUUGUGACAUACUUUUGCGAACAUGUUCUGCCCAACCUGAGCACCCUGACAAGUCCUGUGGAUGAGCUGGAUAUCCAACUAGAGGUGCUUAAGCUUUUAGCUGAAAUGAGUCCCUUCUGUGGAGAUAUGGACAAACUGGAGGCAAACCUUAAAAUCCUUUUUGUCAAGCUAUUGGAGUUAAUGCCACUGCCACCAGAAGAAGCUGAAAAUGGAGACAACUCCACCAACGAGGAGCCCAAGCUGCAGUUUAGCUACGUGGAAUGUCUUCUGUUCAGCUUCCACCAGCUGGGCAAGAAACUGCCAGACUUCCUGAUUGACAAAGUAGAUGCUGAACAGCUAAAAGACUUCAAGAUCCGGUUGCAGUAUUUUGCCAGAGGUCUGCAAGUUUAUAUCAGACAGUUACGAGUGGCACUGCAGGGGAAGACUGGUGAUGCUUUAAAAACAGAAGAGAACAGGAUUAAAGUGGUUGCACUGAAGAUCACUAACAAUAUAAACGUGCUGAUCAAGGAUCUGUUCCACAACCCUCCAUCAUUUAAAAGUGCCAUCACACUUUCUUGGAAGCCUGUCCAGAAGACGGAUGCAAUCGCUCCUAAGCGUGCUUCAACUGAAGAGAUGGGUUUUGGUGCCAGCAUGAAAAAAAACAUUUCUCCACAACCACGAAGGGACUCCCGGCAAAUCUACAAUCCACCAAGCGGCAAAUAUAGUGCCACUAUUGGCAAUUUUGCUUACGAACAGGGCAGCGGCUUUCGAGGUAGCCGAGGUCGCGGCUUCAACGGCAGAGGCAACAGAAGCAGAGGCCGAAUCUACUGAGGCUCCUCUAUAGCUUUGACUUCAUAUAACUCAAUUAAUGGUCCAUUUCCCAGGAUGAGUGACUUUCAUGGUUUUUAAUUUUUUCAGUAAUGUCGCCACAAUGGGCCAUAAUACUGCGCUUCACUCAUAGAUGAUUUUGUGUAUUGUGUACAACUAUACCAUUUCCUUUUCAACAUGCAUUUGUAUCCUUUUAUUUAAUUUUUUUAAACAGCUCUGGCAUGUAUGCUGGCCAUGUCAAACUUGUUCAAUGCUGAUUGUAGUUCCUCAAAUACACAAAAUUGCCCUGCAUAUUGCCACUAAGUCUUUUCAGUGAGCAUGUGUGUGGAGCACCCCUUCCUGUUAGAUAAUUUUACCUGGGGUACUCACUUGACUUCUCGAUGCAGCAAAAUAAAAAAAGUAAAAAUUGGACAAC